AUGGCCCGCAGGGACGCGGACGACGAGGGUCCCACGCGGAGGGGCGGCGCGGCGAGGCUUUCUGGGGCCCCCGGCGGGCGGGGAGGCGAGGCAGCCGUCAGCCGCCCCGAGCCGCUGUCCACUGCUGAAGCGCCGGCCGAGGGCGCCGCGCUGCCCGCCUGGAUGCGCCUCUACUUCUACGGGAUGCACGGGAUCACCCUGGACGUGCUCCUGUCUGCGGCGCGGCGCUUCGUUCGCAGCCCCGACCUCCGGAUGCUGGGCUUCUCCUCGCCCUACCACUGCCUUCUGCACUCGCUCACCCACUUUGCCCUGGAGAAGGUCUACCUGCAGCAGCGGCGCUGCCCCAGUGCCUUCGUCUUCAAUUUCCUCCUCUACCCCUCGGCCCACGUGGGGCUGCAGACCCUGGCGGGCGCGUUGCUCAGCCAGGGCGGCGGCCCGGGGGGCGCAGCGGCGCCGGGGGCGCUGGACCUGGCGCUGCAGUACGUGCUGGCGCUCUACCACUGCCAAGUGUUCCUGAAGCGCUUCCUGCGCUUGCGGUACCAGCGGCGGCGGCAACAGCAGCAGCAACAGCUGCUGCGGGGCGCGCCCCCCGCCCCUGCAGGCGCCCGGGUCCCUGCGGCAGCCGGCGGCCGGCGGCGGAGACCUCGCGGCCCCAGGGGCGCCGCGGGAGCCCCCAGCCAGGGGCUGCCGGACCUGCUCCGCUUUCUUUUCUUCGGAAUGCACGGCUUUUUGGAUGAGAUCUUCUUCACAUUCUUCUUUAACCUGCUGGGGCAGGGGGACGGGACAAGCAGCGGCCACACGUCUCUCUGGUCCUUCUUUAUGUACGGCAGCUGCAGUUUCGUGGUGGAAAAGCUCUACUUCCACCUCCACUACAGUCGGGGCUGGGGUACCUGGAAGCGAGUGCCCUUCUACGUGGUCUUCAUCUACGCGUGGGAGUUGUCCUGGGGUCUGGGACUCCGCACUUGGGGCGCUUGUUCCUGGGACUAUUCUCACUAUCCGCUCAAUUUCAUGGGCCUUAUCACCCUGAUGUAUUUACCUGGUUGGAUAUUCCUUAGUGUGUACCAGGACCUACUUUCCAACGUGUUGUGGCAGGUGCAGUACGUACCAACUAACUAA